AUGGACGAGCGGCUGCGGGAGCUGCGCCUGCGGGAGGAGCGGGCCUUCCUGCGGAGCGUGGCGCAGGGCGGCCGCCCGCCCCAGCCGGGCGAGGGCUCGCCGCCCCACGGGACCGGCACCGGCUGCCCGGCGCCGCCGCCGCCGCCCGCCCCGGCACAGCCCGUCUCGGUGGGCGCCGGGCAGCGGGAGCCCCCGGCGCCGCGGCGCGACUCCACGGAGGAGCCCUGCGGCCGGCGGGGCAGCCGGGCGCAGCCCAUCGUCCCCGAGCCCCUCGCCACCGACGCCGAGCUCUGGGCGCCCGCGGCGCCUGCCUCACCCAGGGACCGCAGCCUCAUCGCCGAGGCGGUGGGCCGCAGCGCCUUCCUGCGGCGCCUGGGCCAGGGCUGCCCGCAGGCGCUGGCGCAGAGCUUCGCGCCGGUGCGGCACGGCCCCGGCGACACCGUGCUGGCCGAGGGCGACGAGGGCACCGCCAUGUACAUCGUCGCAGAGGGGCAGCUCAGCGUGAGCCAGCGCGGGCGGCCGCUGCGCACGCUGGGGCCCGGCGACGUCUUCGGCGAGCUCGCCAUCCUCUACCACUGCAAGCGCACGGCCACCGUGCGGGCGCUCAGCGCCGUGCGCCUCUGGGCCAUCGACCGGCAGCGGUACCGCGCCAUCGCCACCAGCAACGCCAAGCAGCGGCGCGCCGAGAUCCUGCGCUGCCUGCGAGCGGUGCGCUGGCUGCAGGGCCUCUCUGACACCCACCUCUCCAAGCUGCUCGACGCCAUGGAGGAGCGCACCUUCGCGCCCGGCCACGUCAUCAUCCGCGAAGGGGACGAGGGGCAGAACUUCUACAUCGUCCUGCAGGGAGAGGUGCGGGUGAGCCGGGAGGUGGACGGGAAGGAGACGGUGAUCCGGGUCCUGGGCGCCGGCGAGCACUUUGGGGAGAUCUCCCUGCUGCGGAACGUCCGCCGGACGGCGUCGUGCCAGGCGCAGGGCGAGGUCACCUGCAUCACGGUGGCCAAGGAGGACUUCCUGGAGAUCAGCCCCUUCUGCCCCAGGCAGCACUCGGAGCCAGAGGCAUCGGGCACGGAGGGGCCGGAACCAGUGGAUCCCGAGCAGGCCCCGGCGUGCCCGGGCCCGGCGCAGCCGCCCGCCCCGGCGCGGCUGCAGGAGCUGGUGCCCGUGCGCUACGAGGACGGGCCGCAGCGGGGCUGCAACGUCGUCCUGGGCACCGGCGGCUUCGGCCGAGUCGAGCUGGUGCGGUGUGGGGAGCGGCUGUUCGCGCUGAAGCGGAUCCGCAAGGACUGGGUGGUGCGGACGCGGCAGCAGGAGCACGUGCGCACCGAGAGGCAGGUGCUGGCGCAGAGCCGGAGCCCCUUCGUCGUGGGGUUCUUCGGCUCCUUCCGGGACGGGCAGUACGUCUACCUGCUGCUGGAGUUCUGCCAGGGCGGCGAGCUGUGGACCAAGCUGCGCGAGGUGCGCUGCUUCGAGGAGCCCACGGCGGUGUUCUGCUCCGCCUGCGUGGUGGAGGCCCUCGAGUACCUGCACGGCCACGGGAUCGUCUACCGCGACCUCAAGCCCGAGAACCUCAUGCUGGACCAGCAGGGCUACGUCAAGCUGGUGGACUUCGGCUUCGCCAAGGUGCUGGCGCGCGGGGAGAAGACCUACUCGCUCUGCGGGACCCCCGAGUACCUGGCGCCGGAGAUCCUGCGCCAGGAGGGCCACGACUUCGCCGUGGACUUCUGGAUGCUGGGGAUCCUCAUCUUUGAGAUGCUGGUGGGCAGGCCCCCCUUCCACAGCGCGGAGCCCCAGAAGAUCUACAGCCGCAUCCUGGACGGCGUCUUCUCCUUCCCCGCCUUCCUGAGCGAGGCCGCCUGCUCCCUCAUCACCAAGCUGUGCAGGCGGCGCCCGGGGCAGCGCCUGGGGAACACGGCCAGCGGCAUCCGCGGCAUCAAGAAGCACAGGUGGUUCGCGGCGCUCAAGUGGAAGAAGCUGCUGCAGCGGCAGCUCCCGGCGCCCACCCGGGCGCUCCUCAAGCAGGGUCCCCCCUACGCCAACUUCAAGCGGGUCUCGGCCGAGUGGGCGCCGGCGCAGGACGAGCUCUCGGGCUGGGACGAGGAUUUCUGA